CGUCAGAAACUGGAGGAGGAUUUCCGACAGGAGCAGCAAAAAUUGUUGGAAGAAAUCCGGCAGCUGACGGAGCAGCGCGAACAAGAACGGGAAGCUGAGCGAGAGCGAAAAAAAAAAAGGAAUUGGAACAACAACUGGAAGCGAUGCAGAACGCUGUAGUGGUAGAGCAAAAACUACUGGACGAAGAGUUCCAACAGAAACAGGAAGAAACGGAGAAGCAGUGGUUUAUCGAGAAAGAGCGCUACGAAGAGCGUCUAGUCGAGCUCAAUGAAAGUAUGCAGGAAGCGGAAGAGCGCGCGAAACAUCUGAUUGAACAGCUGCAGAAGCCGGUUAAAGACCGCGAGCAGAAAGUGGCUUUUGUCAAUAAUCUGCAUCUGCCGAUUCAGCAGCGUGAUUCGCUGUUGCUGUUGGGCCCGAAGGGAAUGGGCAAGAGUACGUUCCUUUGGCUGCUUAAUAAAGGCGAAAUGCCCAAGCGGACGUUGCGCGAUGGCACCGCCGAGAUAAUCCAGUUGCCGGGUUAUGUUGAUUCAAUUGGAUUGCGCGCGUGGACAGCGGAGGAAAUAAUAAAACUGCUUGUGCUUAUGAUCUACGAAGGGAUUCCAAAAGAUUUAGUCGUCUUUAGCAACGAACGUAUCGAUUUGCCGGUAACGACGCUGGGUUUGCUGGGCAUCAGUCGGCCCAUGAUUGUGGUGAUGUCCAGUGAUUUCUGGAAGUCGUACCAACCAAAACCCGGCACAGAGCCUCAGAUACAUUUAGUACCGAAUCAGGACGGCGUGCGGCUGGUGCACCCGGAAGCCGAAUUAGCCAAUGUCUACAACUUUCCCGUGUAUGAUGAAAUCCGGCAGUUUGAAUUGGGCACACCCAUCACCCACCACGAUGACAUAGACGCGCUGGUGAAGAAACGGGAGCAUGAUGGUGUUCAACCGUUCAGCGCCUUUAAGGAGCGACUGGGCAAUGAAUUUGCGGCCGGAACAGUAAAUGAUCCCAAUACCGAAGCUCUAUUUCGGUUUAUCUAUAUUUUUGAAAAUAAAUAUCGUAAGAAUAAGCUGCAAUUUAUGAACCAGGCCACACUGCAAGAUUUUGGUAACAAUUUUGGUUCAGUAGUGAGUUAUUGGCUUGUUUACAUCGGAAAUCCAAGCAUGGAUGUAAUACGUGAUAUGAUGGUGUACUUGUCCUCUCUCUUCGGCAUGAGGCAACAUGAGCCAGCCAGUGCAGAUAUGGACGCUGUUAUACGUGCCCAAGAAGAGGAUCGACAACGGCGCGAAGAACAGUACAAAACAGAACGCCAAGCAGAAAAGAUCCGAUUCUUACAGGUUGUUCGUAACAUGCAAGAUAAGGCAGCUGCUGAACGUGAACACUUGCAACGGGAGUUUCAACGGCAUCAGGAGAUGAAGGACACCGAGCGCGCAGCGGAUGCCCGGCGUAAAGAAGACGAAUACCGAAAACAGCGCGACCGGGAUCACGCGCUCUUUGAACAGCGACUGGCGGAGAUGCGCGAUACAACAGCGGUCGAACGUCAGAAACUGGAGGAGGAUUUCCGACAGGAGCAGCAAAAAUUGUUGGAAGAAAUCCGGCAGCUGACGGAGCAGCGCGAACAAGAACGGGAAGCUGAGCGAGAGCGAAAAAAAAAGGAAUUGGAACAACAACUGGAAGCGAUGCAGAACGCUGUAGUGGUAGAGCAAAAACUACUGGACGAAGAGUUCCAACAGAAACAGGAAGAAACGGAGAAGCAGUGGUUUAUCGAGAAAGAGCGCUACGAAGAGCGUCUAGUCGAGCUCAAUGAAAGUAUGCAGGAAGCGGAAGAGCGCGCGAAACAUCUGAUUGAACAGCUGCAGAAGCCGGUUAAAGACCGCGAGCAGAAAGUGGCUUUUGUCAAUAAUCUGCAUCUGCCGAUUCAGCAGCGUGAUUCGCUGUUGCUGUUGGGCCCGAAGGGAAUGGGCAAGAGUACGUUCCUUUGGCUGCUUAAUAAAGGCGAAAUGCCCAAGCGGACGUUGCGCGAUGGCACCGCCGAGAUAAUCCAGUUGCCGGGUUAUGUUGAUUCAAUUGGAUUGCGCGCGUGGACAGCGGAGGAAAUAAUAAAACUGCUUGUGCUUAUGAUCUACGAAGGGAUUCCAAAAGAUUUAGUCGUCUUUAGCAACGAACGUAUCGAUUUGCCGGUAACGACGCUGGGUUUGCUGGGCAUCAGUCGGCCCAUGAUUGUGGUGAUGUCCAGUGAUUUCUGGAAGUCGUACCAACCAAAACCCGGCACAGAGCCUCAGAUACAUUUAGUACCGAAUCAGGACGGCGUGCGGCUGGUGCACCCGGAAGCCGAAUUAGCCAAUGUCUACAACUUUCCCGUGUAUGAUGAAAUCCGGCAGUUUGAAUUGGGCACACCCAUCACCCACCACGAUGACAUAGACGCGCUGGUGAAGAAACGGGAGCAUGAUGGUGUUCAACCGUUCAGCGCCUUUAAGGAGCGACUGGGCAAUGAAUUUGCGGCCGGAACAGUAAAUGAUCCCAAUACCGAAGCUCUAUUUCGGUUUAUCUAUAUUUUUGAAAAUAAAUAUCGUAAGAAUAAGCUGCAAUUUAUGAACCAGGCCACACUGCAAGAUUUUGUUUAACUUUUCGUUCCCCUGAAAACGAUUACAUGGAAAUCGUGUUUUAUGUACUUACUGUUUUUUUAUAAAUGCAUCGUUGUAUUGGUACGUACUACGUAUGUACUUA